AGGAACACCGAGACCGAGUGCCACCCUUGUUCCCUGCCAGAUUACCAUCGUUCGUUGUUUUGCUAGCGCGCUGGUGCAAAAGUUAUCCACAUUUCAUCAUCCGAAAGCCCCAAAUAAAUCGGUGACCGAUCGACUGCGCCAUCGGCGGCAGCACAGCAGCAGUGAGAGUGUUCCAGCGAGGAAGCCAUUCAAUUGGGGCUCCAAUAAAAAGCACCGCGAAGUGAAACUCCGAUUCCAGUUACUAGAGAGCAUGGCCGACCCGAAGAUUGAAGCCGUGCUGGCCCCGUUGCGGGAAGCGGUAAAGGAACAGGGAGACUUGGUGCGGAAGCUAAAGGCGGAUGGUGCUCCCGAAAUCGACGUGAAAAAGGCGGUGAAUGAACUGAAGGCGCGUAAAAAGGUGCUGGAAGAUCGCGAGCUCAGUCUCGUGCCGCAGGUGGCAAGCUUCAAUAGGGCUCGGAUGGAGGAUUUGCUGAAGCGGCGCUUCUUCUACGACCAAAGUUUCUCCAUCUACGGCGGUAUCACGGGACAGUACGAUUUCGGGCCGAUGGGCUGCGCUCUCAAGUCCAAUAUGAUCAACCUGUGGCGGCAGUUUUUCGUACUCGAGGAGCAGAUGCUCGAAGUAGACUGCUCCAUCUUAACUCCGGAGCCGGUUCUGAAAGCUUCCGGGCACGUGGAUCGCUUCGCUGAUCUUAUGACGAAGGACGUGAAAACUGGGGAAUGUUUCCGCCUGGACCAUUUAAUUAAAAACCAUCUCGAAAAGCUCUGCGCUGGAAAGGAUGCCAGCGAGCAGUUGAAGGAGGAGUGUGUCGAUAUUGUGAUCAAACUGGACGGAAUGACGGAGGCUGAAAUGGCGGCGAUUCUGCGAAAGUACGACAUGAAGUCACCGAUCACCGGCAACGAGUUAACGGAACCGAUC